GCAUUUAUAGGCUGUGCACUGAUCUGCACUAGGUUGGGAGGCUAGGGUUACUGUGUCAUACAAAUUGAGCUGGGCGCCGGUAUUGCAACAUCUGAUUGCGGCUUUCGCGUACUGACGCAAGCCGAUAACACGCAAUUGGGCGCCUGAUGACCAGUAACUACUUUCCCCCUGCAAAGUACGCUGCCAGCCUGCGCGAGGACGGCACAACGCCAUCGACUGGCGCCACUCCAACUCCGUUUGCCAACGCCACAAACCGCUACGUUAACGCGCCUUUGCCCUCCGUAGACCUCCCAAUGCCGACCAUCGAAGAGACAAAGCUCGCCGCCGGGGGCCGCGUUGGCACCAUGCCAGAGCGCCGCCUCAGCAUCUCCUCCAACUACAGCCGCGCCAGUGAGAUGGUGUUUGGCAAGGACGCGCUGCUGGGUCCGCGGCGCCCCCGGCCGCACAAGAUCUGGAAGAAGAAGUACAUCAAGCUGAUUGUGGUGGGCGACUCGGGGCUGGGCAAGACCACCCUCAUCAAGUCGCUCAUCUCCAUUCCGGGGGAGAGGCUGCAGGUCCACGACGGCAGCUACACGCCCACCGAGCAGUUCCGCCGCGACCCCGAGUCGCUGUGCUCCACCGUGAGCUGGCGGGACGAGGAGGACCGGGUCAUCUGGGUGUACAAGAUCCAGGACACCCCCGGCUACGGUGACGAGCUGGACGUGUUCCGCAACCUCAAGAUGGUUCAGGACUUCAUCGAGCUGCAAAACAAGAAGUGGCUUGAAAUGGAGCAGUCCCGCGACCGCAAGGAGGACCUCUCCGAGCUGGAGGACCCGCGGGUGGACCUGUGCAUCUUCUGCAUCCCGCCGCACAGGCUGCGCCCCAUCGACCUGAAGUACAUGUUUGAGCUGGGCAAGUUCGUGCCGGUGGUGCCGGUGGUGACCAAGGCCGACACCAUGACCAUCCGCGAGGCCAACACCUACCGCACCGAGGUGGCCAACCGCAUCGCCAACCCCAUGGUGCCAGGCAUCCACGACAAGAUCAACAUCUUCAAGUUUGAGCGCGACACGCUGGAGCGGUCGGGCGUGCAGGACCAGGCCACCCCGCACCCGCCCUUCCUGGUGAUUGCCUCGAACGACAUCUCGGAGGAGCUGGCGGCCUCGGAGCCGCCGCUGUUCUGGCCGGAGCGGCGCUACCCCUGGGGCACCGCGGAGGCCUUCAACAAGGAGCACUCGGACCUGCUGGCGGUCAGGGCUCUGCUGAUGAAGGAGGCCCUGGAGGAGAUCAGCAAGACCAAGCGGCAGCGCUACGAGAGCUGGCGGCGCUCCACGCUGGGCGGGCUGAAGCUGGGCCGCCGCAUCGCAUCGGCGCUCAUGUGGACCAUCAUACCCGCCGUGGUGUGCCUGCAUGUGGGUCGCGCGGGUGUGCGGGUGGAGGACGUGCGCCGCUUCCUUUCCGCCAACGUGGACCGGGUAAAGCGCCUGCGGGGCGGCCGCCGCCCGGCACCCGCACCCGCAGUGGUGGAGGAGGCGCCCAGGCCCGCGCCGGCGCCGGUGGUCGUGCCGCCGCCGCCCGCGCCUGCGCCGCAGAAGAAGGGCUGGGGCUUUUAAGGAGGAGCGGUGGCUGGGGGCGGCUUUAGUGGCGGGGCGGCCAGCCUAGGCCAGCCCGGUAGGGUUGGAUGUGUAUGUCCUUGUGUAAUCUGUGAUUCAGUCCUGCGGGGCGGAAACCGGUGGCGGGUGGAGGAAUGGUGGAAGCUGUGUUGGGCUUUCGGAGGGAGACGUGUAGGCAGGCGUUGCGCGGAGGGAUUGAGGGGUGGCAGGUGUAUUUCCCUUGGUGUGGUGUGAGUGAGGUGGGGCAGCAAUUGCUGUCCGGUACUAACUUGCUUAGUGGCUGUUGCAGGGAUGUGAACAUGUUUAUUGUUUGUGCGCGGCGAUUGCACGCCUGUGCAAGCGCGGCGCCUAUGGUUUGAGGACGGCUUCGGUAGGAGGUUGCACGGUAGCUGUCCUUCGUACUGUGUUAUGCCUUGUUUGCUGGACAUAUUUAGUUCCUGAGGCAAGGUGGCCUGCAAUCGCGCUGAGCUCGGGCGCUCUGCGCUACCGUUAGUGUUGUUAUAUGAUAUGGCCACCUGCGCCUCAUGUAUUCUUUGAGACAACACUGUAUGUAAGCCACUCCCGUAGUC